AUGAAAGAAGUGUUGUCUUCCAGCACCUCCGCAUGGUGCUGUGAGUUUGUGUCCGGAUACAGCUUGAUGCUGAGCAGCCAGGGCAUGCUGAAGAGCCGCUGUUGCGUCCUGCUCGGUGACCUGAGGGUGCUCCUUCUCGGGCCACCGACACCGCCGACGCCGCUGCCUCCGCUGACCCCCAUGAGCGUCCAAGGCACGGCAAACCACGACACAGGCGUCACCGUCCCCGACAACAACAACACGUUAACGCGGGGCCACCAGACCGCCCCACCUGCAGCAGGAGCCACCGGGACGUCGGCUGGAGACCGGUCGUGCUGGGUCGACGCUGCGGAUCUAUCGGCGGCCCUGCGCGGCUGCAGCAGCUCCUCCGAUGACUGCUCAAAGGGCAAGCUGGAGGAGAGGUUCUCCCUCACCAGCUACACGGAAAGUGGCUUCAGGACUCCCUUGUGUAGGAUCUGCUUUCAGGGACCAGAAUACGGGGAGCUCCUGAGUCCAUGUCGGUGCAGUGGGUCAGUACGCUGCACCCACCAUCCCUGCCUCAUCAAAUGGAUCAGCGAGAGAGGAUCCUGGGCCUGUGAGCUCUGCUACUACAAAUAUCAGGUCAUUGCCAUCAGCACCAAGAAUCCACUUCAGUGGCAGGCCAUCUCCUUGACAGUGAUAGAGAAAGUGCAGAUAGCAGCCGCCAUCUUGGGCUCCCUGUUCCUGAUGGCCAGUAUCUCCUGGCUGGUGUGGUCGUCUUUCAGCCCGUCUGCCCGCUGGCAGCGACAAGAUCUGCUUUUCCAGAUCUGCUAUGGCAUGUAUGGCUUCAUGGAUAUCGUCUGCAUCGCACUAAUUGUCCACGAGGGACCGUCGGUGUUUCGUAUAUUCCACCGCUGGCAGGCCGUCAACCAGCAGUGGAAGGUCCUGAACUAUUGUAAGUCUAUGGACAAUGAUGACCUGAAGAACGGCACUGUGAACAGGACUCUGUCUCAGCCCAGCCCAGGUCAUCAGACUGGGCUAGCAGUGUCCACCUCCACCUCCUCGCUGAUGGUGGUGGCCUCCACGGCCGAUGGCUCCACCUCUACUACCGUGGUGACGGCUGAAGGAGGACUGGGAGCACAAGUGGACCCCAACAGCGGCGGCGCGGUGCCAGACCAACACUGUCCCUACAACAUCCUCCACAUCCUCAGCCACCUCAGGCAGCCCGAGACCCGCAGCCCACCCAGCAAUAGCACACGAGAGCUGGUCAUGAGAGUCACUACAGUCUGA